AUGACUGAAGCUGUAAGAACUAGUCUUCGCAGGGAGCCGUUAGCUAGUGAAGACCCCUUCGUUUCAUACCUGGUCAAUACUAAAGUUUCUGAGAAUCUGAAUAUACUAAGAACCAAAGUGAUAAAUGAACAACUAUGCCCUCUGAAUGGCCAAAAAAGAGCUAAUUCAAUCGAGCAGUUCCAAGACGGGUAUCCUGCGAUCGCAUUUCAAUGUUUACAAAGACAGCAUCUGAUGCUGACACAGAUGACAGACGAAUACCGCAGGGCCCAACAUGAAGUUAAAACCAGAAGAUAUAGCGUCGACUUCGACAGUCCCAGGAGUGAAACAGACUUGGCGUCUAUCUCUGAUCAAGCAUCAAACGAAGGUGGGAUCGAACAGAUUGGCAGCACUGCCGAAUUAAGACGACGUCUGUUGGGUAAGAGGGCAAAUGAGAAUAGCGCUUUGGAGUCUGAAAAAUCAGCAGAAAGGCAACUCGAGGAUCAGGAUAAUCUACAAAAUGGUUUAAUAGAGGAUAUGACGAAACUAGUGGGCAGUCUGAAGCAAGGCGCGGUUGCUUUCCACAAUGCAUUGAAUGAAGAUAAAGCAGUCUUUAGCGCAGCUGAAAUUGGAAUCCAGACUGCCUCCACGAGUCUAACGGAUAUCAGUGGGAAACUGAGGAAGUACGAUAAGAAGAAGUUAGGUUACAUCUUUUAUAUCACAGUUUUCCUCGCUCUAUUCUUCGGCCUUAUCGUAACGUUCAUUAUAAUACAGCUGUUCCCGGCUCUAUAG